AUUGACAGAGAGAUGGAGAGAGAAUCAACAUUGUUGCUGCUACUCGUCUCACUGGGCACCAAUCUACUACGCAGAUAUGCUGAAGCUCCUUUCAUGGCGACGACACACCGUCUCUUCUCAAACCCCAAUUUCACUUUCCUUUUCCAGACCCAAAUCCCACCACCAUAACCUCUUAAACCAAGAAACCCUAGACCAGGACUCUGACCCACCCUUCUCCCCAAUCAAGUCGCACUCCCCCACAUCAAAGUCCGCACCAGAACACAAGAAGAAGGAGGAGAACAAUAAACCCAUCGAACCCACUGAGAAAGCGCAACUUCCAGUUCACUCUGACCUUCCAUUUGAUUUCCAGUACUCUUACUCGGAGACUAAUCCAAUGGUGAAACCGAUCAGUUUCAGGGAGCCGAGGUUCUCUCCUUUUGGCCCUGGGAGGCUUGACCGGAAGUGGACUGGUUAUUCGGCUCCUGUGUGUGCUGAAGUAAAGAAUGAAGUGGACUUAAAAGAGGUUCAGGGGAGCCCCCUUAGUGAAGAAGAGAUUGAAGAGCUGGUCGAGAAGUAUGGGCACGACAAUUGCAAUAGCCAGAUCAACCUUGGUAAAGGGGGAGUAACACACAAUAUGCUAGACGACAUCCAUAACCAUUGGAAGAGAGCUGAAGCUGUAAGAAUUAAGUGUUUAGGGGUGCCCACCCUUGACAUGGACAAUGUUAUUUUUCACCUUGAGGACAAAACUAGUGGAAAAGUCAUCUCCAGGAGAACCAAUGUGCUUCUUCUAUACAGAGGCCGGAACUAUGAUCCAAAGCAACGACCCCACAUCCCUCUGAUGUUGUGGAAGCCCCUUGCCCCUAUUUAUCCAAGGCUUGUGAAGAAUGUAGCUGAUGGCCUAACAUUUGAAGAAACUAAGGAAAUGAGAAAUAGGGGACUCAAUAGUCCACCUAUCAUGAGACUCACUAGGAAUGGUGUGUAUGUGAGUGUGAUGGAGAAAGUUAGGGAGGCUUUCAAAUUGCAAGAAGUUGUGAGAAUAGACUGCUCUGGAGUAGACACCAGUGACUGCAAGAAAAUUGGAGUGAAGCUAAGGGUAUGGCACUAUUUUUCAGUACAAUUUAUUUUCCAGAUGGGGAAGGCAAUUGGGAUGCUGCAACGUAACGGGACUUUGUUAGUGAUAUGGUUCCUUGUGUGCCUCUCUUAUUCAAGAAUGGCCAGAUUGUGCUUUGGAGGGGGAGAAAGGAUGAGAACUCUAACACAGUGAAUCAGAAGUCAGACACAUGAGAUUCCUGUGCCCCAAUUUAUAAGCUGCCCAAAAUGCUUACCAUCACAGAGCAAAUGCUAUUUGGAUGUUCUUUCUAGUCUGAUACUGUCUUCUGCUAAGAAUCAUUGGAAUUUCCUCUCUCAAAUGCUCCCAAAUAUGGGACUGAUUGCUGGGAAGUGCUUCUAUUGAAGCUGAAUUUGCGGAUAUGGUUAACAGAUGUUUACAGAAAUCUCAGGUUUGAAUUGGCAUAUGAGCUAAGCUAAGCUCUGUGUGUGUGUGUGUGUGUGUGUGAGAGAGAGAGAGAGAGAGAGAGAGAGAGUGGAGUCG